CUAAAGUUUACGUCAGAACAAAUGUGGCCGCGUCCAUAACAGGACGGUUUCGUUUUGUAGCUGUAAAGAUUUUUUUGCUUACAAUAACAUUAAUAGACGUCCACCGCGGAUAAAUCAUGCCUGCUGUAAAGUACAUGCUCUAUGUGGGUCUCACCAACACAUCUGAAAAUGACACUACGCAUACGAUAAACGCGGAGGAAUAUCUUCAUUCACUGAACAAGGAGUUCGAGCUGACGGUCCUCCCUGCUAUAGUGUUUCUGGCCGCCAUCACGGUCGUCGGUUUCAUCGGUAACAUCAUCGUCUGCUACAUCUACCUGGCGAAGUUCAAGGUCAGCACUACGCGCUGUUUCGUCGUGACUCUCGCGUUCUUUGACCUUCUGACCUGUUGCGUCGCGAUUCCCGGACAACUUGCAGACUUGAGUCAAAACUACACUUUCAAAAACGUCAAACUAUGCAAAGCGCAGAUUUUCUGUAACGCUUUCACUAUCAUGACAUCUGCGGCAGUUCUCGUCGCCAUAGCAACGGACAGAUACAAGAAAAUCUGCAAGCCUCUCGCCAAACAGAUGUCCAUAAACUGGGCCAAGGUCGCCGUCGGGUUGAGUUGUGCGAUGGCAAUGUUGUUCGCGUGGCCCAAUUUUGUUCUGUACGGACCGCGAACAGUUUUGACGAAAUAUUCCAAUAUUAACGGAACCGACUGCUCCACGGACGAUCGAUUCAUCGGAACGAUUUACCCGCUUCUGUAUAACGGGAUCCUGUUCCUUCUGUUUGUCAUAGCUGUGUCUGUGAUGGUUGUGCUCUACCUCCACAUAUGGCGGACUGUCUCAAAACGUGUGGGGUUACACGAACCGAAAGCGGAACUCGCCACAAACACACAGAUGCGGCAGAGAGUUCGCUACCUUAAAGUCUCAGAGGAGAGCAAUGACCUUACGCCUACCAUCAACACGCGGCUCAACGAACCAAUCACAGACUCCGUUACAAAUGAAUGCGAUGGCAAGACGUCAACGCUGGACACGAAAGGACCAGCGGUCCAGACGGGGAAAUCCGCGCGAGUACAGCAGGCCAGAAAAACGACGUUCAUGCUGUUUCUGAUCACGCUGGUGUUCGUGCUCAGCUUUCUCCCUCACUUGGGACUGAUGGCGGCUCGAGGGAUCCACAACGUCAUGUUCGACAGCUUGAGUCCGGGGGCGACCGCCGCCUACAACUUCUUCCUGAGGUCCUACUUCAUCAACAGCGCAUCCAACCCCAUCAUUUACGGAUUCUGCAAUCUGAGAUUUAGGAUGGAGUGCAAGGCUCUGCUUGUAAAAAUCUUCCACAUAUGACAGACAUGAAAUAUGGCCGAGUAUGAUCAGCGCGUCGAUCACAUGGAUUUGACUGUUUUCAGCUGAACACGAUAUCUUGCUUUUAAUCUCAUUGAAAUUUUUUAAGUUGA